CACUUGUCUAGCCGACCCGAUCCUAGUCUCGGAUCUCCAACGGGUUCUGGCUAGAAGAGCCCCAUUCCAGGAGAAAUGGCCGUGGAUCGCUCGAUACUGCGGGUGCUGGAGUUCGGCUGCCCGCAUCUGUCUCUCCACGUCGCCCUUGGAGGACCCAUGGGUCGUCCGAACUUUUACUAUCUCCGUGGCCGGUGCAGGUUGCCAGAUAUAAACCCCCAGAGGACACAAAGUUCAAGACAGGCCCAAUUAAUCUCCCACUUCGCACACCUUUCCCAUCCCACAACUCCUCCUCAGGACGCACAGCCGCACAAGAUAUAGACCGAGACUAGGAGUGUCGUAUUACCAUCCAGGGAUCAUGGGCAGCUCAGAAACUGCCGGCGCGCCGGCCGACAUCCAUGCCAGGCUGGCCGAAGAGCUCCGCGGCCGCACCAUUGCCGUCCCCAACAUGCUAGGCGACAUACUGCAGGGCUGGCCUUCGGGCCGGGUGAACCCUCACUACGUGCGACUCAAGCAUGUUGUGGAAGGCAUGCUGGACAGUUCCGUUCCCGAGGCCUGGUACAGGAAGAAGCUCAGCGACAGCGACUUUGCGCUCUUUGCAUCCAUCUGGCACCCCGAUGCAGCCUGGGAGGACCUCCACACAAUGGGCCUGCUCACGGUGUGGGCCUUUGUGUGGGACGACACGUUCGACACGGGCGAGCAGGACCUCGCGGGCGACUACGAACGCGGCUGCGCCUUCCGGGCCCAGACGCUCGCCUACUGCCGCUACUGGCUCGGCCUCGAGCUGGCCGCCUGCUCGCCGUCCGAGUUCCCGACCUGGCCAUCAUACCCCUCCCCUCCCCAGUCGUCAUCGUUCGUGCCGUUGUUUGCAGGCCGUCGCGCGCUGCACCGCGCGCUCUCGUGGAUCGGCGCCAGGCCCCCGCCGCCCCCGCCGCCCAACGUCGGAUGCGCCCUCUUCAAGCCCCUGGGCGAGGCGCUUUGCGCGCGCUUCGACGAGAGGCAGCGCAAGCGCGUCUACUCCCAGAUCAAGUUCUGGAUCGACUCGACCGCCGAGGAGCAGCAGCUGCGGAUCCGGGGCUCCAUCCCGACCUCUGAGAACUACCUCAGGUUCAGGCAGGGGACGACGGCGUUUCGCAUGUUUGCCCUGGUUGGAGAGAUCUCGACAGUGACCAACAUCCCAAGUGCCAUCAUGGACACUCCUGAGAUGGGCGUCAUCAUGACCGAGGCGAACUUGGGGAUAAUCAUAAUCAACGACGUCCUCUCACUCAAGAAAGAAAUGGCCACCCUAGCCAUGAUCAAUCUAGUGCCGGUCAUGUACCACCACGAAAACAAGUCCCUGGAGGCCAUUAUCGAGUCCCUCUGUUCGGAGCUGAUGGCAUCCCGACAGCGAUUCGAGGCGGCAGCGAGUGCGCUGGCACGGAUGGCAGCUCGAGAGGAGGCCGGCGGCAGCGACAAGAGUGGGAAGCACGGUCUGCAGGACGAGCUGCAGCGGUACAUGGACACGAUCAAGACCUCUGUCACUGGUACUUGGGAAUACACGUAAGUUCAAAGCGCCCUCCCUUUCCACAAAAUCGCCCGAGGCCUAUGGCAGGGGAUCC